GACCAAUCAGCGGCGAGAAGCCGCUUUAAUGUCCUCCCUUUUACUCCUUCCCUUACUGGUUUGUAUUCUUUCUCGCCUGCGCAGAGUUUGCGCGGUACGGGCCUUUCGGGACACCGUAGCUCGCACGCCCGCUGCAGAGUCCGACGGCAGCUUCCAUCCGCGUCAUGGCCGGCUCGGAGACUGAGUGGGUAACCAUUGCCAAUAACCUUCUUUUUAAAUGUCACAUACACCUGAGGAUACAUGAACUUGAAGACUGUGAUGCUAAUGUUUUUAUUGCUCUUUAUCAGUCCAUUUUGGGAGAAAAGGUACCAGACCUCAUAGCUGUUUCCAAGAGUCAAGAAGAUGAUGCCCACAAUGUACAAGCAGUGAUUGAUUCAUUGGCCUUGGAUUACCUGCAGGUCAGCUUGUCUCACAUAACAGGAGAAAAUAUAGUGAAAGGAGAUAAAGAAUCUAUCAAGAAUCUCCUAGAAAUAUUUGAUGGGUUGCUGGAGUAUCUUACAGAACACAUCAGUGAAGCAUCUUAUGAGAAAAGUGAAACUGAACAGUAUUUUAAAGAAUUCCAUGGAGGAGAACCUUUGGAAGAGGUAGAAAGUACUAAGGAGUCCAAAUCAUCAUGGAAAAGAGUUUCUUUUGAGAGGUGCUCUUUCUCAUCUGAGGCUUUGGGCCCCUCUUGGGAUGAAGAUGAGGCAGAAUCCACUGGUGAAAUAAUUCAACUUGGAGACACAGCACACACCUUUUCUCUAAGAAGUAACAGUGCCCAAAGUCCUGUUGAUACACAGUGUAAAAAAACAUUAGCCUCACCAGGCUCAAAACCAUGUGAGGACACAUUGAACCCCCCUUCAUCUCUUUUUCUGUCCAAGAAUGCAGCAUCCUUUGUUGAAGACGAAAUCCCUUCUGUGAGUGUGGUUCCAAGUGCUAGAAGGCUAGGGGAGCCUAUCCGAGCUGCUAUUCCUUUACAUCCACCCUACCACCCUUCAGAGCCUCGAGCACCCUGCCCUAUAGGAAGAGAAUACCUACAAUCAAGUCACUUCUUCCCUGUCAUGAAUUCAGCUGGAGAGCAGACGGCAUUUUCUGUGGAACCAGAUGAUACAGUUAUCUCAACUUCCAUGGUGCCUAAAGAAAGUGACCAAAAAAUACCUCCAGCUCAAGUCCUCAGCCCUAGGACAAGGAAGCUUCCAAAAGGAAAAAGACAUGAAAACAGAGCUGUAGCCUCAUCAUUGGAUUCACCUUUCUCCCAGAGACCAAGAAAGAGGUUAACAGAACAAGAACUACAUGUGGUGUCAGAGAAACUGUCUCAACGGCUGUCUGAACUAGACUGGAUGUUAAAAAGUGCCCUGGGUCAUCAAAUUAAAGAAAAGACUGACCAUAAAGAAGACAGUGGAAAGAAAGAGGACAGCAGCGAUGAGGGGACACUCUCGCAGCACAGUGACAGCGUCAUGGAGUGUGGGCCAAAGAAGCUAAGGCCAGGACUUUCUGUGCACAGAAAGCCACAUUUCAGGUCCCAUUCACUGUCUCCACCUCCCAUUAACAAACACAAACAGUUCCAGAUAGAAGAAAAAAGACAACGCAAACAAAAAGAAACAGACAUCCGCCAGUUCCAAGCAAAGGCAUUAACUGAAGCAUUUGAAAGGGAACUAAGAAGAAAUAGAGUUCAAGAGAAUAUUGGCCCUCAAGGGAUAAAUGAGGAGAAGGAGGAAACAGAAAAAGUACACAGAGAAGCUGUUCAUAAAGGAACUCCAAAACACAGUCAACCGUGGAAGAUUUCCUCCAGAAAAACCACAACUCAGAGUCCCAGAGGGGGCCUUCCGAAGCCAAAUAAAGCAGCUCCGAUGAAAGUAAAUGAACACAGUCUUCUGCCCCUGAUGCUGGAGCAGUUUCCAUUUCUCUAUGUCUCUGGCCCAACACUAAGCAAAAUGUGGAAACAGCAAAUUGCACAUGUUGAACAGCUCAAAAAAGAUGCAUGUAGAGAAAAUCGAUCAAAGAAGAAACUCUGGGAUGAAAUAGAAGAAGCCCUGAGAAGGCAUGACCUCCUUACUGCCCUUGUCAAGAAAGAAUAUGAACAUAACAAGAGACUGCAAGACUUUAGAGACCGCAUUUGUAGACAAAGGCUGACCCAAUCAAAGCUAAAAGAAAAUCAUCAGCAAAUUGUUCGUGCCCGAAAAUACUACGAUGAUUAUAGAGUUCAGUUGCGUGCAAAAAUGAUGAGAAUGAGGACCCGGGAAGAAAUGAUAUUUAAGAAGCUGUUUGAAGAAGGCUUACAAAUUCAGAAGCAAAGAUUACGAGAGCUAAGAAACUAUGCCAAAGAAAAGCGAGAUGAAGAAAAAAGGCAGCACCAGAAUGAACUGGACUCAAUGGAGAACUACUAUAAGGACCAGUUUUCAUUGCUGGCAGAAGCCAUAUCACAGGAACAUCAGGAACUCAAAGCCAGAGAGAAAGCCCAGGCCCAGACAUUACAUAAGGUGAAGAGAGAACUGAGAUCUAAGAUGGAGAAGGAAAUCCAGGAACUGCAGAACAUGAUAAUGCAGAAUGAUGAUGAUGCUUUCUUCCGGGAGUUGGAAGUUGAGCGCUUCAGAGCUCGGCUACAGCUGGCUUCCUUUCAGUACAGUAACAGUCCCUUCCCAUGAGGCCCGACUUGACAGGUGACAUUUCUGGACAGAGCUAGAAUUGAGCCAGUAAACAGUCUAAACCAGAA